UGAGUCUCCAUAGAAGCCGCUCUAACUUUCGGCGGUGAUUAGUUCCAGAAGUUUAUCCAAAAAAUGCGCACAUUUAUUUGCCUCAUCCUGGCGGCGGUCCUGCUGGUUGCCAGCACCAAUGCGGCGGCCACAACGCUGCUCGAUGUGGAUGCAGGUGUCUCGGCGCCAAGUGCGCCGCGUCAGGCUCGUCAAUAUGGCGGCUAUGGAGGACGUCCAGGAGGCGGUUAUGGCGGCGGUGGCUUCGGCGGACCUGGAGGCGGCUUUGGCGGACCCGGAGGCGGCUUCGGCGGUGGCUAUGGAGGACCCGGCGGCGGCUUUGGUGGACCAGGAGGCUUCGGCGGCGGUGGCUAUGGAGGCUAUGGCGGUGGCCAUGGAGGUGGCCAUCAUGGCGGCCACCGCGGCGGCUAUGGACGCUAA